AUCGUGGAAUUGAACCACAAUGGUGCUGGAGGUUCAAGCUGUCAAAAAUAUAUGUACUAACGAUAAGAUAGUUUCAGUUCGCUUUGAGAAAAGAUCGAGGAUUGUUUACAGUUUUGAUGAGGAUGGUGAUUGACUGGCAUUACUGGAUUAUCGGAUAUUUUCGAGGAAUAAAAGAGGACAAUAAUCGCUGAGUUUAACCCUAAGACACGAUGAAUAAUCGUCGACGUACCAAUAACUUCACAUAUGUGAGCUCAUGUGUAAAAUACAUGAUCUUCAUGCUGAACUUUGUAUUCUGGCUGUUUGGUGGUCUUCUGAUAGGUGUUGGCCUCUAUGCAUUUGUUGACAAAUGGCAGGCGACUGGCUCUGUGAGAGUAGAAAAUCUUUAUGACGUGGUCCUAAAUAUUUCACUGGUUAUGGUAAUCGCUGGCGGAGUUGUCUUCAUCGUCAGCUUUGCAGGAUGUGUCGGAGCCCUUCGAGAAAACACCUGUCUCCUUAAAUUCUAUUCUUUAUGUCUGUUGGUCUUCUUCCUAUUGGAAAUGGGAGUUGCAAUAGUCGGCUUUGUUUUUCCACACACUUUACAAUCAUUGUUAGAAGAAUCUUUCACCGAUAAAAUAAUUCAAACUUAUCGGGAAGACCCAGAUCUACAAAACUUCAUAGAUUUUGGUCAACAGGAGUUCAGAUGCUGUGGACUCAGUCAAGAAGGUUACAUGGACUGGGGCAAGAACGAGUACUUCAACUGUUCUAGUCCGAGUGUAGAGCAUUGCGGAGUACCAUUUUCCUGCUGUAUGAACGCCACAGAUAUUUCUAGUGGCCUGGUCAACAUAAUGUGCGGUUACAAGGUGCAACUGUUGCCAGUUUCAGAAGCCAGUAAGAAAGUAUGGACGAGUGGAUGCAUAGAGAUAGUUCGUAGUUGGGCAGAGCGUAAUUUGUAUACAAUAGCUGGAAUAGCUUUGGGUAUAGCAUUAAGUCAGCUAUUUGUAAUUUAUUUGGCUAAGACGUUAGAGGGACAGAUUGAGUUGCAAAAGUCACGCUGGCAGUCCUGAGCCUGACCUCAGGCCACCUACCGCUACCAGAUAACUUCUCCAACCAGCAGGCAGGUGGUCAGCUGCCAAUCUAGAGGCCAGGAAGCCGAAGCCAGUGUGAAUGCUAGGAUGGCGUUACUCGUCGUUUUUGCCAUCUCACUUUACGUCCUCUGCAUUCUUUCCUUGAUAAGAUUAGUCCUUUACUUUAGAAGCUACUUUCAAUUACAUCUUAGCAAGGGCUGAUCGAAAAUUCAUCCAUUUCAAUCAAAUCCAUACAUUUAUAGCUAUCCAUCAGAAAGCGUUCUACACAAUAAAAGUUACGGCAUAUCGGGCAACGCGAAAUCAUUAUGAAAUCCAAAUAGUACCAUCAUUUUUAUUGUUCUUUCAUAAUUCUUAAAAGUCUAAAACGCUAUCUUUGCUGCUAAUCUGUUAUUCGCUUUUCACAUAUGUGAUCUAUAUCACAUUAAAUACUCGUCCAUCAUAAUCAGUCUCUCAGCCUCAUCACGUAUCGAUACUCCCUCAUUACUGAACGACAUUAUAACUAUGUGUACAUUGGUAAUUUAUGUUGUAUUAUAACACACGGUUACAAUUCCGUUUCAAAGCUAUUCUAGAGAUGAACGAUACACAAUUAUCGCAGGGGGAAAGACCAAUGGCCGUGACUAGAAGUAUUUCUUUACAUUUGAUUCAGCAGUGCCAAUGUUUGCAUUCACUCCGUUUUGUCAUGUGAUAUAAAAUGUGGCAUUAGUAUUGUGAGUGACUCUGCUAUGCAAUCUGUUGAUUGUAAAUACCUACUAAUUAUGAAGUUGAACUAGAUUUUUAUGGAUAGCUAUAGCACCGACUGAGUAUAAGCUCUCACACCCGCAGCUUGGAGUUCUCUUUUGUUUUCAUUUGUUUGUUGGUUUUUCUUUCACUUUUUUGAUUAAACAGCACUCUGUUAAUCCAAAAAUACAUUUGGAGACAGUUUUAAGUUUUUACUUUGUUGAGUUGAUCGAAUUAUACGAAACAUGUGUACACGAUUACAAAACAUCCAACGAUGUGAGUUCUUUGUUUUAUAGGCUUGGUGAUUGGGUAGUUUACAAAUGCGACGUCUAAAAAACAUCAAAAACUCUUUGUUUCAUUGUGUAGGAGGAAGGUCCAACUGGUGGACAAUAGAAAACAAAAAAAAAAAAUACUAUAACGCCGAAUUUGUGACUCACAUCUUAUGGAAAGAUGUUCGAUUACAUCAUACCCUAUGACUCCAUAUACCGGACUACCUGGUAUAAUGUAAAAUUCAAUCAACGUGAAAUUCAUCGUCUGCUUAAAGCACACAAUGUGAGAAUGAGUGCUAUAUUGUCUUGGAAAUGUAAGCGUGGAAAUUUCAUUUAUUUAAAAUUCUCAAUAUGCAAUAUAGUUUUCAUUCAAGAUUGAUCAAUAAGUCGAAGUAGUUUGUCAUUUAACUAAUACUGUUGAAAAUAAAAAGUACGGUAUUCUUGCUCCAUAAUAUAAGAUGUGGAAAAUGUAGAAGUAGCCAAGCUACAAACAUCACCCUUACACAAUGAUAUUUAUUUUGAUGUUGAUGCACCAAUAACAAUAUUGGAGUGAGUUUUAUCAACUUUCCGAAGAUCUACUAUACCUAUGUAUAAUGUAUAAGUUUAAAAUCUAUAGCUGUGACAUGCAGUUUUCACCAUGCACAAAUAAUAUUGGCUGCCGAUAUUCUAGAUGGCGUAAGGAAUUUUGUAAUACGGAUAUUCAAUAACUACGUUUUAAGUAUGUAUCAUUAUACUCAAAUCGGCAUAAAAAAAAGUCUAGUGCCAAAAACAGAUUCAUUAGCCACGUGAACGAGAAAAAAAAGUUAAAUAAAAUUUCGACCGUUUGGAGGUUUUAAGUUCUUAGUAAGAUCUGACAAUAAGCGUAAGAGAAAUUUCAUUUUGUAUACUUGCUAUUUGUAUUCGACAUUUUUUAUAAACAUUAAAAAUGAAUCUAUCAAUGAA